AUGACAAAAAGAAUUAUAAAAAAGUCCAUACCAAAUGAAAAUAGAGAUCAUAAAAGUAAAAUAGAAAAAAAUAAGGAAAAUAACUAUGAAGAAAUAAAAGAAAAUAAUAACAGAAAUAUUUUAACAUUAAAUAAUAUAUUAGAGGAAAAAGAAACAGAAAGUAAAAAAAAAGUGAAAAAUAAAUUAAUAUGUAAAAAGAAAAAUAUAACCAAUGCUAAUACAAAUGAAAUGAGAAUUAUAACAAUACCAAGACAAAGAAAAUCAUCAGUUUUAAAAAAUUGGUUAGAAUUAAUAAAACCAAUUGUAACAAACUUAAAAUUGGAAAUACGAAUGAAUAAAGAUAAAAUAGAAGUGAGAACAUGUAAACUAACAGAAGAUAAAAACAAUUUACAAAAAUCAUCAGAUUAUAUAAAAGCAUAUUUGCUUGGUUUUAGUAUAGAAGAUGCAUUAGCUUUAUUAAGAAUUGAAGAUUUAUAUAUUGAAAGUUUUCAAAUUCAAGAUGUAAAAAUUUUAAAAGGGGAUCAUUUAUCUAGAUGUAUUGGAAGAAUAUGUGGCAGCAACGGAUCAACAAAAUAUGCAAUCGAAAAUGCAACUAAAACAAGAAUUGUAAUAGCAGGAGAUAAAAUUCACAUUUUAGGUAGUUAUAAUAAUAUUAAAAUGGCUAGAUAUUCAAUAUGUAGCUUAAUUCUUGGUUCUACUCAAGGAAAAAUAUUUAAUAAAUUAAAUAUUUUAGCAAAAAGAUUAAAAGAAAGAUUUUAA